CCACCACCUGCCGGCCACCACUCCCACCCGCUACACUUACUUCUUCUAGUCGGCCAUCGCCCCGCGACACGAUACCACAUUAAAAUAAAACACAAUAAAGAAAACAAUUUAAAAAAUAAACUCCCGUCAAUUUGCGCGCCUAAAUGCGCGUUCCAAGUUCGAAUAGUGACGCGUAAUAAAGUGUUCGAUUCGCCAAAUUUUCGAAUUUAUUUUUUUAUAAUACUUUUUUUCUUUCGAGCACGUGUUUCACAAGCAAUGAUAAGUGUUCUAAGUGCCUAAACAGUGUUGCUAGAACUUAGUUUAGUAAUUGUUCGCGCAAUGAAGUGAGUCACGUCGUGUCGACCUGGUUCUUGGAUGUCAGACAUUAUCUCAAUUUACGGAAUUAAAUUUCGUAAUUACACGUCAGUUAGACCAUUCGCUAAAGUUAAAUUGUCCUGAAUUUUCCGCGCGCCGUCUCAUUAAAAUGUAACAGUUCAGUGUUCAUUCAGUUCCGAUGUAUCUAGUAGAACAUAAACAAAACGCGUUGAGACCUAAUUUGUGAGCAGUAACAAUAUAAUUGCUUUCACCGCGGCGUACCGUUGCAACAAUAGAUUGCAAAAAGGAAAUUAUUAUCAGCCGUCUAUCAGAUGCAAAUUAUUAUCGCGCCACUUAUCUAGUCCCCUCUAGAUAGAGCGAGAAUGGUGAUAUUCCCGUCUCGCGCGACACACUAACUCGAUCGAGCGUACUAACAGAUUUUUCUUGUAAGUACCUAUCUAUCAGCUGUUGGAGUCGGUCUGUGUGAGAUUGCGGGUGUAUUUUCCCGUGAGGAGGGGAAAAUGCAUAAAAAUUUGCAUAGCAUCACGUCACAUAGGUAGUUAGUGGCCGUGUAGUGAGUCAGAGCCGGCCGGUGGCGCGGACGCGGCCAAUUACGCUUUUUGCGCGAACAAUUUUCUAAAUUCAAAACAGAUAACGCGCUUCUGUCUAGAAAACGAAACGUAACGAUUUUUUUUAUCGAUAUUUUCGAAUGUUUACGGAUAUUUUCGAGUGUUGUGUAUGUUGGCUAGUGUUGGUGUUGUGAAGUGAUGUGAUUGGUAUUUUAUCGAUUAUUUUUGAAAAUGGAGCGAAGUGUUUUGGCGGAGUCGAGGCACGUUCAGUGGGCAUCUGAACUGCACUCCGAGUACCGCAGCACUUACAAAUGGCACGAAUACAAGGAACAGCAACAGGGCGUGGUGAAGCAGCCAGCACCCACACCCCCCUCCGUACUGCCCAUACAGAGGGGGCCAAUGGAGCCAGCGAUGCCUCGUCGCAAGAAGUACCCCGGAGUGGCAUACAAGACAAACGAGCUGUUCGACCCGGCGCCUGCUGACGAUAUCAGGCCUCAGCAGACAUCGGCCUUCGAUAGAGCCAGGAGUGCGCAGAGGAAUGAUGCUGAUCGCGCUGGGCGCCGCAGCAAGUCCGAAGGUCCGCGCCAACCGCGCUGGACUGACACCGUGGAACCCAAGGCUACAACGGCGUUGGGAGAGGUGAUGGCAGCCAAGGAGCCCGAGAUAGUGAGCACGGAGUACCGCAACCAGUUCGCGUGGCCCAAGGACACUACUGAUGCCCCCAGGAAAAGCAUCUCCAUGGGAGCGCUGAAGAAAGCUGCCGUAGCCGAAGGUCUAGUUGAAGCAGAACCACUGAUGAACCACGUGGAUGGUGAUCAUGAUGACCACAAGCGGUACAUCGAAGAUUACCUCUGGAAUGGACAGAAACCUGGAGUCCAGAGAAAAUCGACGUUCCGUAACGCGCUAUCGGCCCUCAUAUCCAACGGGGAGGAUCGUUCCAAAGAUAAUAGGAAACGUUACAAAAGCGAGUACAAAAAGAAAUUUAGACCGUUCUCUCAAUACGUGUACGAGGCGUCUAAAGGGACAUUUACGAAAUGCAGGGGGAAAGGGAAGGCAAAUGAGGAGGCGAGCGAGAGGAUGCUGGGGGAUGCGGGUCAGGGGGUGUCGGGGGCGAGUGCGGGGCAGGGGAGUGGGGCGGGAGGGGUAGCGGGGGUCGGAGAUGCCGGGGAGGACAGCGCCAACACGCUGCGCGCGGCCGGCUUGCAGCCGCUCGGCCUGGCCCAGGGUGACUCCUGGUACCGAGAGGUGCUGGACCUGCGCAAGCGCGCCGGCGAAUACAAGUACCGCGGCUGGGGGACAGAAAUGGCGCCAGAACACAUCACACAGCUUUACAAUAAGCAGAUCGAACUCUGGUACCAAGUGUCCCGCCGAUCCUCGCUGUCGGCAUUAUCACUAGCUUCCACAAAUCACAAGGCAUUGCCUCGCGACGAGAAAGAUGGAAAGGAAUCCAAAGGCCACUCGCCGAAGAAGUUCAGGUCCUUCAGGUCUGCCCCUCACCAGUCUAUCCACGCGAAGUUACAAGAGACGAAGGCGCUGGAACGCUCACCUCAUAAGACUUCGCCUCAGAAGCAGAGGAAGAAGCUGCAGGGACAUAGCUUCGAUGAAGGUGCUACCCAGGAUGGAGCAAAGGGAGAGAAUGCGGCCUUCAGGUCUCCCAGGCGGCGACCUCGUUCAGCUGAUCCAGCGCCCGCCGCAGCGCACGUGAAGCUCCUCGCCAAUGGGCACGAACCUCACCCAGCACCCAUUAAACCUACUGGUUUGCAGUUGAGUAGAGGGAGUAGUAAUAGAGUUAGGUCGACAUCAAGGGGCGGACGGUCGCCGUCAGCGCCGAGCAAAACUGGGGCUGGGGCUACGGGGACAACUGGGGCUACAGGGGCAAAUGGGGCUCCGGGCCGAGGGCGCCGCAGCCGAAGUGUGUCAAAAGUCGGCAUAAAGUUGGAUGACGAGAUCCCCUCGCACCGCAGCGCCUCCGUUGCGAAGGAUCACUUCUUUGAUGACUCUCCUGUCGUCAAGUCACCCCCUGAACCAACCAGGGUCAAGUCUCCCGAGCAAAUGAACAUGCGAUCUCCAGAUCCGGUCAACUGGACUGUCCCGUUGGACACCGGAAAGACGUUUACCGUCACCCAAAAUGUGAAAAGCGAUGAGAGCAUUAAGCGCCCUAGCUCUGAGUUUAAGGGUGGCUCCGUAGCCGAAGAAGCAACUGUGAAGCCGGCAGAAAUCGCUCCAAUUCAUCACCAGCAAAUGUCACCAAUACGUUCGCUGAAAAAGAGCGAAUCGCCAACUAGCCUGAGCAAGCGCACAGACAAAACACCGACCACCCCGAUAAGCCUUACUCCCAUCGAUGAAACGAAGGCUUUGGACAUGAACAAAGUGAAUGGAAUCAACGGAGUGAACGGAGUGAAUGGCGUCAACAGCAAUGAGCUUACCCCCGAAACCCCAACACAGGAACCGAUUCAAGAGAAGGAACUGAUCAAGAAGUCGACUGAGGCCACCCAGAUUGCUCCUGGAGUGGUGGAUACUAACGUGGUGAAUGAGGCUCCGGCUACCGGCGGUCUGACCGCCUCGGAGAUACUAGAUAGGGCCCGCACGAGGUUUGACAAGUUCUGGGGCAAAAAAGAAGAAGACAACGUUUAGUUGAUUCCAAGUUAGAUUCACUUUACACGAUAAAUUGUGUCUUAAUGAAGUAUUAUAAUACAUUUCUUUGUAUUAUUGCAAAAAAUCUUACCAACAAUAAGUAAUAACAAUGUUGUAAUACAAAUAAAUGUUUAAUAAAACUGAAAAAGCUUUAAAUUCAACGACCUUAGCUAAAUAAUUCUGACUCCAUAAAGACACAAUUUUUGUUAGCAAAGUUGACAACUCAAUAAAAGUAGGGAAAAAUUAAACGCAAUGUUUAAAAACAGAUAAAAUAUGAAAAAAAGCUUCGCUUUAUAACGACGACUGUAUUAAUAUGUAUUUAAAUAUUAUUUGAUAUUUAUUAUCAUAAAAUCACUGUCUAUUUAAUAGGAGUGUGGUGGCUUGUGAUAGUAGUAAUGACAAUGACUAGUAAUUAAUUAUUGUAUGUGUUUAUUAUUGAUGUUUAUUUAAUUAAUUUAUUGUAUUUAUAACGACGUAUGACAGAUUUUCGAUUAAAUACUUUUAGUAUAAGACCUAAAUAAUCUUGUUGAAACUUAAUCUCAUACUAUAAUUACUGUUUCUUUCCAAUUUGCUGUCCUGUUUUACUUGAUGUAUUUUAAUGAAAUUGUUAAAAUGUAGGUAAAUAUUAAUUGAUGUUGAUCUUUAGUAUAUGUUACCUGAUGUUACUUUAUAUAAUUA